GUGCAACACAGUUCAUUCAGAGGCGAUUUUAGCAGAAAAAAGGUGCGUGCAAGCUAAUUACUUUCUGUUCAGCCUGAGGGGAUUAGGAAGCAACUAAGAAAAAGGUAUGUGCAACUGAGGGGAUUAGGAAGCAGAAAAAAGGUACGCGCAAGCAGAAAAACAAUAUAGUACCAACUAAGAAAUCAAGAAAUGUUCGAUUAGGAAGGGGAUAGAUUCAAAGGGAUUCAGUAUGUAAGUUGUGGUUGGCUCCUAUGUCUUCAAUUUCUCAAAAGUAGAAAUAUUUUGGUCUAUCCUUAAGAGAAUUACAAAUUUCAGUUUGAAUUCAGAUAAUUUCACACAAAUUUUGGCAUGAAGUUUCAGUUUCCCACGUCCGUUGAUACUGUUAAAUGACUUUAAAUCUGACAGGUUGGACCUCCAUGCUGGUAUAUUCAAUAUGUCUAUCCCAUCCAUGACCUGCACAAACAUGUGAAGUUCUAUGAAAUUAUACCGUUUUGGUAGUUUUCAUGAAAAUAUAUGGAGUUUUGAGUACAUAAAUGAUGAUCAAAAUUAAAAGCAUUUUUCGAACUGUUUAUUUAGAAUAUAUAUCUAACAUAUUAGACAACAAUAAAAAUGAAGCCUUUGAAUCCCAAGCCUUGAUGAAUGAGGGGUCCCUGCUCUUAAAGGGGGAGGGCUGUGAUAGGUUUGGUGGGCCAACGUAAAAGCCCAGCCAUCAUAUGGAGUAAUGGAGAUGAAACCCAAUAGGGCCUUACAUAUAUAGAAAGUAGCCAAAUUAAACUAGGACUAUAUCUAGCCCAAAGUAAUCUGAGAAGGCUGCAAAGUACUAAAAGGACAUGAAAAGUAUUGAUCUGAAUUAGUUUGAAGGCAACAUAAGGUUCUAUAUCUUUAAAUGACAAUAUUUGGCGUGUCAACUGGAAACACCUGUCAGUAUUUUGAAGAGCUCAACUUGGUAAAAGUACAAAACAAACAGCCAAAGCAGUUCUUAACAUCGCAUGCAUCCAUUUAAGUUUUAAUUCUAAUACCAACAUGUGUCAGGAAAAAAGGAAAUUCCUAGACAAAACAUGAUAUAAAGGGAGAAUGAAAAUUAAAAUGAGAAAUACUCUAUGUGUUUUGACGAACUGUCAGAAAACGACAAAUUUCGCCUAAUGACACAUAGGUUGACCAUCGGUAUGUGGGGUCCCAAAUGUCAAAUACAACUACAGGCAGCUGUCAACUGUUAGAUUUUUAUUAAUGUAGAGGCAACAUUGCCUUCUUUACAAGCUACAGACCACCGGUGCCCCUGGACAUAUUCUGCUGUCCAGUUCCACCAUUGUCGAGGCAGAGUGAGCUCCAUCUGACGGAUGGUUUGUCCUACAACUACAACUGCCGACCCAUUCCACCGUCGGCUCUCAAGACAAUCAUCAAGCGCCUGAGACUGGCUCCUGAAGCCAUCACAGAUGAUGAUGUUGGUUCAGGCCAGCUCACUGGUUUGGUCUUUGUUUCUGAAAGAGAGCACAACUUGGAAGCACUUCAUGUAGCCCUUUGCUUCAUUGCGAACGGUGAAGUCAUGGUCUUCAGCUUGGCAGACAUCUAUGGUGCUGACUUGUUUGGUGGUGCCCGUUUAGAGGACACUGGCUGCAUUGCUGGUGGCUACGAGGUGGAUGGAUCCACAAUUGACCCAUUACCUUGUCUAUGUAUCCACCAAGGAGCCAGUGCAAGAAUGUCGUAGCCCCUGGAAUGUUGUUUACAAAACCAACCUUAGAACCGGUGAAACUGAGCGCCUCACUCCACCAGGAACGUUUGAUCUAAGUCCCUCUGUGUCACCAUCUGGGAAGAAGGUCGCGGUGGCUUCGUUCCAAGGGAAGAGAUGGGAUGGUGAGAUUAAGGACCUGAAGAUCAACAUCUAUGUGAUGAGCUUGGAGAAUCCAUCCAUGGAGCGCAAGCGAGUGAUAGAAAAUGGUGGCUGGCCAUCAUGGGGCAGUGAAAACGUUAUAUUUUUUCACAGGAAGGUUGGGGAUAUUUGGGGAGUGUUUCAGUACAACCUGAGCACUAGUGAAACCAUCCGGGUGACCCCGGAGGCGUUCGAUGCAGUGACUCCAGCAGCCAUUGAUGAGACCAGAAUAGCAGUUGCAACCAUCCGCCAGAAGUCUGAGUUCACUGAUGUCCGCACCGAAACCCAGUAUCGGCACAUUGAGAUAUUUGACAUGAAUACACCCGAACAACCGUUGCAAAUAACUCAGAACACCAGGGCAAAAGCUGACCAUUUCAAUCCCUUCGUGAUGGACGGUGGCAAAUAUAUUGGUUAUCAUCGUUGCAAAAGUGACCUUCUCCAGCAUGGAGAUGAUGUCCCGCGACAUUUCCAUAAGCUGCAAUCGCCACAUGAAGAUGUUGGAGUGUUUAGGGUGUCUGGUGUGUUCCCAACAUUUUCUAAAGACGGCUCUAAGCUUGCAUUCGUUGAUAACGAGUUCAAAGCUGUGUGGUUGGCAGAUAGCAAGGGAUUGCGUGUGGUCUUCGACGUAUGGUCCCAUUAGUAUCUCUACCCGAGAAAUAGUCGAACUUUUGCAGGCUUGCAAUGGUUUACGUAAUACUUUUGCAGGCUUGCAAUGGUUUACGAAUUACGACUAGAGGAGCAUAUCUUUCUCAAUUAUGACUGGUUUGGUUUGUUUUCUAUAGACAAAUGGCCCAGACAGCAUCUUCUCACCAGUGUGGAACCAAAAGAAAGAUAUACUGUAUGUAUGCAUGGGACCAUCCUUCAAAGCUAACGAAACGCUGGAAAUCCAUGCCAUCCCUGAUGUAUCCAAUGCUGCACGUACACGACGACAGCCACGACUGCUCACUAAGGGGAAAUUCAACAACGCUUUCCCUUUCACCAAUCCUGAUGGCACGAAAUUUGUUUUCAGAUCCACGAGAGAUGGAGGAGACAAGAACUACCAGAAUCUGUACAUUAUGGAGGAUGCCGAGUACGGGGAGGUCGGAGGUGGCGAGGUGACGCGGCUCACUGAAGGCAACUGGAUCGACACGCAUUGCCAGUGGUCUCCAAAUGGGAACUUGAUCGUGUUCGCGUCGAACCGCGACAAGCCCACCAACGCACCAGAGCGCGACCAUGGCCUGGACCCGGGGUACUUCGCUGUCUACCUGAUGAGCGUCAGCGACCGCUCAGUGGUAAGGGUGAUCAGAAGCGAGUAUGACCUCUCCGGGCAUGUGAACCACCCGGUGUUCAGCCCAGACGGGCGGAGCAUCGCCGUGACAUCGGACCUUGCUGCGGUGUCUGCUGAUCCGAUGUCGCUGCCGACCUUCCUGCACUCGGUGAGGCCCUAUGGCGACAUCUUCUCCGUCGACAUUGAUCCGGAUGACAUAGAGAAGAACAAGGACAUGGAGAGGUUCGUCCGCGUCACGCACAGCAGGUACGAGAACUCCACUCCUGCUUGGACAGUCUUCUCGACACACGACCCGCAUGCACAGUGGAACCUCCUGGUCAUGGAGGACGAGUAUACCCCGGCAUGCCCAUAUGCUCACCCUGACGGAGGUGAAAGCUGGCACAUGACUGGUCAGAUUUGCAUUCCGAAACGGCACUGCUGAUCCUUUCACUUGUGCUUCCGUCAUCUACAAAUUCUUCUUGUUCGGAAGGACCUUUGUUUGUUCAUCAAAAUUUGUUUGGAAUGUACUGUUCAUUUAUGGUUGGCUGUUGGUUUAAAAGCUUGUAAUAAAUAUUUGCUUCAUACAUCUUUGGAUAAUUGGAUAUACUGGCAUGGACCGCUUCAGUCUAAAUGAAAUAA